CCAACGUUCGAAUUUUGCAGGUCCAAGGUCUGAUCACCUAAUAUCCGAAGUAUGAAACGUCGCGUAGCAAGCAAUACCUAGGUAUCGAUGCAAAUUCUCAGCCUCAGCCUUGCAUGAUUAGUCACCACAAGCUAAACCCUAACGAGUGUUGAGUCGCUUGCAACAGAUAUCGUAGCCUUCCAAGGUUCACCUCACAGCCUUACUACCUAGGUGGGCAUGAACACCACUUGGAAACAUACAUGUUGAAGACCAAAGAACUCUCGUUAUGCAAUCCCUCAUUUGGGCCUCUAAUAUACCAUUGUAUAUCACACAUCCUUCUUCUACAAUACCUUAUUUGAUCAAUAUACCCCGAGUCUCUUAUCUGCCGCUCCUUUUCCCACGAUUAAUAUCUUUCUUUGGGGAAAAUGUUACAAGUUUCUCCUAUGAAGGAAUUCCAUUAAGGAAUUUACCAGUUGGUCUAUUAUGUGAUCUAUAUCAGCCAGAAUUGCCAUGGAGGAUAGAUUUGGGAGAUGGCCCAUCUUUUGAUAUUCAUGAUACCUUUAUCAAUAGCGUCAAAGAAGCCGAUUUCAUACGCAAUGGAAAUGCAAAGGGGAUCAUGAGCAUGUCAAAAGAACAUUCCACACAAUUAUGGAACUCGGUUCAAGAUAAUGAUCUUCACACCUACCUCAAGAUUUCCACCAUCCUCCUCAAUCCCGCUACUCCUCUUAAACAUAUUCCAUUACGUAUAUACCUACCUUCAUCCUCAUCUCCAGCUUCAACUCCCCAUCCAGCUUCCUCGAGUUCAUCAAAAGCUCCAGGUACUUCUUCUCCACCUCCACCACUUUUCGCAUUUAAAACGAUACAAACUCUCAUACAACCACAAACUGCAUCUCGUGAACCUCAAACAUUGGGAGGGGCUCUCAACACUAUUCUUCCGAGUUUAUUUCCAAGUAGGAGAGAUGCGAUUUUAGCGGAUGUCAUCUUACAUGGGGCAACAGUUCCGUUCAAGGCACCAUUGGAGGAUUUAAUGAGGGAAGCGAGUUAUGCGGAUGGAUGGUUAAAUGUGUGUGUUGUUAUGCUGAAUUGACAUUUGAAGUGAUGAUUAUAAUGAUUACAAUGACUUUAUGAAAUGGCGUUUUUGCAUCUUUUGGGUUUCAGCUGGGGAAGAGACUGAGGCUGUCAAUUACAAUCACCUAGUGGAUAAUUGAUUGAUGAAAACAUUACAAUAUCCGAUCAACUUAAGGGUUAGUGACUGAAGACUUUUAUGGAUUUGGUUCCUAUAUGAUAGUUUUUCCAGGCAAUGCAGAAUUUGUUAAUAUGAG